AUGAUUAGAUCAAAAGUUUUUACAAAAUUUAUUAACUAUAAUAGAAUCAACUCAACAGGUUCUAUUAAACAAUAUCAAUCAAACACAGGUUCAUUAUUAAAUGGAUUCAACAGCAUAAAAUCAAAUAAUCAAAUAAAUAAUAAUAAUAAUAAUAAUUAUAAUAAUAAUUUUAGUAUCCAAUCAUAUCAAAAAAGAGAUAUUUCUUUUUUCACCAAUGUCUAUAAUAACUUCAUGCAGCUUGUUGAAUCCAAUCCAGAAUAUGUUAAAUUAAUGGAGGAUUUCGAUAGAGUAUUUUUAAAUAAUAGAUUUAAGAAACAAAAAGAAAAGGAAGAGCAAGAUAAAAAAGAUUUAGAAGCUAAAAUGGAGGCAUAUUCAAAGUCAGCAGAGCAACGUGCAAAAGAAGAAGCAGGUUUACCAGAAGAAGAGGUUAGAAAGAGAAGAGAAGAGGAACAAAAACUCUAUGAAGAAUUACUUAAUCAAAAGACCAAAAAAGGUGAAAAAACUGAAGGUCGUCCAAUGCCAAGUGGUGAAGUUAAAGUCAAAACUGAUGGUGUUUCACCAUCCGAACAAUCUGAUGCCCUCAAGCAUUUAAAGGAUAUUUACGAUAAAGCUCAAGGUAUUCGUCCAUUACCAUUCGAACCAAAUAGAGAAGAACCAACAUUUGAAAAUUGCCAAGAGUUUAUGUUUGGUGGUGAAUUUGGUUUAUAUGAUUUAGAUGCAACCAAUCUCAUUGCUGACUCAAAUCCAUCAAUCGAAUACUUAACCUUUACAGAACAAUUUAAUAUGGCUAUGGAUACAUAUGAAGAUGUUGGCAAAUUUUUAAUUAAAACCGAUUUAGAUGCUCGUGCUGCCAAUGUUAAAUACGAUACAAUUGAUUGGGAUGAUUUCAUUUAUAGCGAAGAGGAAUUUCAAGCACUUCCAAAACCAUAUUUAGAAUUUUUACAAAGAAAGCUCGAAAUGGAAUUUGGUGACAAAAUUAGAGAAAUGGAAGCAAUAGAAGAGAAGAAAUUAUUCGAAAAAGAAGAACGUUAUAAAGAAUACGAAAACCAAGAAGAGACAGGUGGUAGAGAUUUAAAAAGUCCAGAUAACCCAAACAACUACCCAGUUAAACUUGAAAAAAUCGAAAUUAAACCAACUCUAAAAGAUCCAAUUUUUAUUAAAGUUGUAGACAAGCUUAUGGAUAUUCUUACCCCACCAGAAAAAUACGCAACCUCCUAUGUUUAUGAUACACUCAUUAAAAAAUUCUACAAAGGUUCACCAACUAAUAAUAAGAUCAUCAAUGAAUGGGAUACUUAUCUACCAGAAACCUCAUUAGAAACACUUUUAAUGGAAUUAAGAACCGACUUUUUACCAAAUUACUUUUAUCAUUAUUUCCGUGGUAAUCUUAGAGAAUUGGAACAAUAUACCGAAGAUGAGUAUAUGGAGGAAACUGCAAAAUUCAUCCACACUUUAGAAGGUAAUUAUAAAAUUCUUAAUCAUGAACUCCUUGGUAUUUCAAAAAUCAAUUUCUGUAAAUUCAUGAAUGAAGAAGAAGCCACAUAUUUAAAGGUUUCAAUUAAAGUAUUACAUAAAAUGGGUCUUAGAGAUUACAAUGGUAACCCAAUCGAAAUUGCAAAAGAAGAAAGACAUGGUGUUUAUAUUUCACACUUUAGACUUUAUUUAACUUUAGAUCCACCAAAGAAUAGAUUUGGUUGGGUUGUUGGUAAAAUUAGACCAUCAAUUCCACACAAAGUACUUAAUUUAGUUCCAGAUAAUGAAGUUGACCAAUAUGAUUUUGCAGAUUUUGAAGUUGAAGAAAAAAGAGAUAAAAAAGGAAAAAGAGUAAAAAGAGAAAAAAGAGAAAAAAAAUUAAAUAGACCACUCACCGAAGAAGAAAAGCUAGCUUCAAAACCAAAAUAUGAUGCUGAUGCUUCAGUUAGAUAA